UAAAAUGAUAAUGUCUACUUUCAGAUGAAAAACAAUAUAAGAAAAGAAAUAAAAGUAUUUUGACAUGAGUAUUAGCGCCUGAAGCCAAGAUCUUGCCCAUCUUAAAUCAUGUCUGAUGGACUUAUGGAAGAACAGCCCACUUUCAUCAUUGAACACCAGCAGAGCGAUUAUGAGCGACUGCGUGACCAAUGUCUUAGUGCAAUGAGUGAGUUGGAACCCCUUAGGCGAAGAAAUGCUGAAAUAUUAAAUCGCUGUGAGAUGGAGGCACAGAAGGCUGAUUAUUAUUGCCAACAACAUAAAUCUGCUACAAGCAAGCUUGAAGAACAGGUGAAAGAGUAUCAGUUGCUGCAGGCUCAGUACGAGCAAGUGAUCAAGGAUCGAAACAAGUACAGACAAGAUUACGAUGAAAUUGUUUUGUUACGAGAACAAGAGAUGGAUCAAACAGAAGAUGAGACUUUACUUUUAAAUGAUCAUCACAAAGAGAGUGAUGAUUUAAAAGACUUACAAGCAAGUCAUGAUUUAUUAUCUACAAAGUAUAAACAUGUACAAGAUGAAAAAUUGCGACUUAAAGAGCAGUUCGACAUUUUAGUGGGUGAACGAGACUCAUUGGCCAUUGAGAGAAAUACCUUAAAACAACAGUGUGCUUCUGCUAUAAGUGGGUUUGAAAAAGCUUUAAGAGAUAGAGAUGAGUCAAGUAGAGAGCUUUUGCAUGCAAAACAACAAACAGAGUUUGCUGUACGAGAAUUGGAACAGGCUGUUAAGGUCAAAAUUCAAAUGAGUAAAGAUAUUAUUAAACUGCGGGAUGAACGGAACUCUGCACAACAAGAGUAUAAACUUGUAAUGAGUGAAAGAGACACAGUUCACCAAGAAAUCGAAAAACUUCAAGACGACUUAGGGCAGACAAAAGAUAAAGCAAAAAAAUUACAUGACGACAAAGAAAAAGUCUUUAUUGAGAAAGAAGUUCUAAGGCAUGAAAUAAAAGCAGUAUUAGAUGAUCGUGAUCAAGCUUUAAAGGAAGUUCAUGAUUUAAAAGCUCGCUUACAAACAGCUCUAAAAGAAAAAGAAACAACAGCAAAAAAUUUGGAGGAGCAGCGACAAGAAUAUGAAAUGCUUAAGCAAGAAAGAAAUGCUGCGAAAAAAGAACGUGGUGAAGCCAUCAUUCAUAGGGACCAAAUACUGAAAGAGUGUUUUGAAGUAAACAGAAUAUUUGCCAAAAUAGACUCUGGUGAGUAUGACGAGAUUGAAAAGCUAAAGAAACAGUUUAAAAUACUGUCAGACGAACUUACAAACGCAUGGAGUAAAGCAGAAUUGUAUAGUGCGCGAAGAGUGUGGGCAUUCAGUGAAAGGGACAAGGUGAAAAUUGAGUUGGAUUAUUUAAAAGAACAAUCGUUAAAAAUGUUGAAAGAAACAUCCAAAUUAGAAGAACAAGUGAAAGCUCUAACUGUUGAACGUGAUUGCAUUCAACAACAAUAUAAAUCACUAUUACAAGAAGUUCAUAAUGGGCAGAUAAACAAGUCCAUAACAUCUAACAUGAACAAGGAAAAUAUGGCAUCCAGUCAAGAUUCAGCUAUUGACACAGAAUCACCUUCUUACCACAUCGAAGCAGUAGAACUAGAACGAGCAUCUAAGGAUCAAGACUUUGGUUUUCGAAUUGGUGGUGGGUGUGACAUGCCAUUAAAACCACACGAUGCAUCCAUUUUUAUUACUGAGAUUAUACCAGGAUCAAUUGCAGAAGACAAAUUAAAAGUAAAUGAUUGCAUCAUAAGGGUGAAUAGUAUUGAUGUGACAAACAUUGAGCACCAAAUUGCUUAUGAAGCUAUUUCUGGCAUCGACAACUACUUGAAUAUUACAAUUUUGCGUCAGAGUAGGGUUGGCGUACGGAGUCCCUUGCAAAGAAUUGAAAUUAAAAGUUCAGAAGAAAAAUACAUUGGACUGAGUAUAGAUAGUGGUUUGCAUAUCAAGAGAAUUGAACCUGGAAGUGCAGCUGCUGAGGAAGAAACUUUAUCCAUUGGUGACAAAAUUCUGACUGUAAAUGGACAGUCUAUAGAUAACAUGUCAUAUGAAGAAGCCAAAAAGCUUUUGAAAACAAGCAAUUUAAGUUUGACAGUUUUAAAGCCCAGUGUUAGCACAACAUCUUCGAGACGCAGCCUUGCCCAAAUUAUUGAUGAUGACAAAUUAGAAGUUCAUUCCCACAACAUAAACGAAAAGUUGUUUAAUGCUAUAACGACCAGUUCGGUUGUUCAUACUCGUGCACCAUCUGCUCCAAUUCACACAAGUUCCCAUUCAAACUAUGUUAUUGAUGGUAUGGUUUCUCACAAUAGAGCAGGCAGUUCAUUUAUAGGAAGGAUGUCAGAUGACGAGAUCCAAAAAAUCUUGCGUGAUUUGUAUGAAGAAGAAAAAAGACGUGGACUGAAUGAUAUGAAAAGAACACACCAAUCAAUGGAUGACUUAAAAACUUGCAGAGAUGGAUCAUUUAUAUCCACUAGCAAGAAUGAUCCUGCAACACACAACUUGCAAACUAUCCAAAUUCACUCCAACGAUGCUGUUUCAGGGCAGACUCGAGUAAGACCUAGCAGCUCUAAACAAAGUGUUGGAAGCAGUGAAAGUGUUGGUCGACAUUCGCAUCUAUUAAAGAAAACACCCACUCUAAAUGACAGCAUCUUAGAGAUUCAAAAUCCCCGUACAAGUGGUCAGCCUUCAAGUACCACUGCUUCAGUCACAUCAAUUAAUUCAACUGGAAUUAGGUCAAAUAAAGUACUGAGGGCUACUCGCCUUUAUCCAAACAUGACGAUUGGUGGGAGACGACUGUCACGAGAUCCUGGCGAUAGGCACUCCUCCAUUACUAGUUUGCCUUCUUUCUCUCAUCGAUCUCAUAGUUCGCUGGGGUCAUUAAACUCCUCGGAGUUUUCUGACCGAGCCACUUUGUCUGUUUAUCCAAUUGAACCACUUGUUGAGGAGCCAUACACUCAUCUGGAGGAACAGAAAAAAAACGAAAACAAAAGGGAAGUGAGUGACGUGAAAAAGGAAGAAACCAAGAAAUCUAAACAGACAAGCAGUAUUGAAACCAAAGUUGAAGAAGAGAAACCACGUAAAACAAUCAUUGAGAAGGGACAAAACCCUUUGGGUAUUAUCAUUAGGCAAGGUCAAUCCAAUGGUAUUUUUGUGGUGGGUGUUAAUGAGGGAAGUGUUGCAUCUAAGGUUGGAUUAAGAUGUGGUGAUCAGUUAUUGGAGUAUAAUGGCAUCAACUUGAGGUCAGCAAAUUCUGAUCAAGCAGCAUCCAUUAUGAAUCAGCUUUCUGUUGCUAACACUGUAACAGCUCUUGUGCAAUACAACCCUCACAAGAUGCAAGAAGCUGUGGAGACUAGUGUCAGCAGUGCCCAGUCUACACCUUGCACUCCGCAUAAAAAUGUCACAGCAGCUUCGUUAAGCUCGCCUUUACUGAGAUGUACCGCGCCUGGAACUCCCGUGUCUAUACACGUGCGAAUAAAUUCGAAUACAAGCUCAUGCUCAGACCACUCUAAACUUACGUCGAACGAUAUCAAAAUAACUCCAAUUCCCGAGGGUGACGCUGUAGAAGAACCAAGAUUUAUUCGCAUCGAUCGGGAACAGCCCUCUGAACCGCUUGGUAUUGGAAUAAUUGGCGGUAAUUCGCUUGGUAUCUAUAUUUCCGACAUUCAAAAAGACAGUUUAGCUGGCCACCAAUCUGGUUUGAAAUGUGGAGACAAAAUCCUAAAGUACAAUGCGAAAGAUAUGAAAGGCUGUACUUUGGAAGAUGCCACAUUGGAACUUGGUAAACCAACAGAAGUCGCUGAUUUUCAAGUGCAAUACAAUCCACCAGGUUACAUCGAAGCUCAAAAUGAACCUGGUGAUUCGCUUUAUGUCCGAACAUUGUUUGAUCGCACUCACCCAUCCAAAGGUGAACUCGCUUUCCGCAAAGGCGACAUACUACAUGUUACAGAAACACUGUAUAAAGGCCAACUUGGUAUAUGGAGAGCUACUAUUAUAACAGACAACCCAGACAGUGACGAAUAUAAGAAAGUUCAAGGAAAGAUUCCCAGCAGUAGAAAAGCUGAGCAAGAACUGUUGUUGCGACGUUCUUCGACAUACGGCGACGACAAGUUAAAAGGCCGCAAAAGUUUGUUUCGACGAAGCAAAAAGGGAUCUUCGCAUCAUGCUAUCAACCAUUCGAGAGAAAGCAGUGACUCGAAGGUUGAUAUGGAAAUAACCAGCACGGUUAGCAGUGGAACAUCGCUCGCUUUUUUAACAGAUGACUUCACAGCUUACCAGUUUGUAAAGAGAUACGACUCAAACUAUCCUCGUCCAGUCGUUGUGAUAGGCGCUCUGGCGGAACCUAUAUGUGACAAACUUGUUAUAGAAUACGGUAACAGUUUCGCCAGAUGUUUACCGGAGAUAAGCGAGUCAACGAAAGAAACAAUGGAUACUAUGGUGAUCGAUGGAACGUAUGUGGAUUACAAGUUAUCAAAGAAAGGGGAUCGUUACGAAUGUGUCACACCACAAGCAAUCAAGAAUGUCAUCUACGGAAAGUCUAAACAUUGUUUACUGGAUAUAAAUGUAGAAGCCAUGGAGAAACUCUCACUUCUUCAACUUCAUCCGAUCGUCAUUUUUGUCAAGUACAAAUCACCAAGACAUAUCAAGGAGAUGAAGGAAGGUCAUUAUAUUCUCAACAAGAUCAGCUCAAAAACAGCAAAAGACUUGUACGAUAUGUAUCUAAAGGUGGAAAAAGAUUGUAAAAGUCACGUGACCUGUUUUUUAAACUGUCACAGUCUACACAGUGUGUGUAAAGAUAUCGCUGAGUGUGUACAGGACCAACAAAAACGAACAAUGUGGAUUGUGGAAGGAUAAAAUAAAUGAUGACGUUGUUGGCCUCUCUUUCUAUGACCGACUACCGUAAAAAUCGCUGGUCGAUUUGUUAUGUAAAUAUAGUAACUAUAUAAUAACGUAAUUCGGUGAAGGUAGGAAAAAAGGUACGACUCAUUUCUGAAAAGACUUAGCUUCGCGUUUUUGACGUCUUUGCUUUGCAAAAUAAAAACAUCUCAUUAUAUUUUUGUAUAUUUUUCAUAUUUUAAAGAUAUAUUUUGUAAGACAGAAUUUUAUGUGAAGUUUUAAAAUCACAAUUUAUUUUGGCGGAUUUUUUUUUAAUAGUAAAAUUACUAACAAAACAAUUUGUUU